AUGAGGCGGCCAAGCCUUCAACAGCUUGAACGCCGCUUCGACCGCCUGCGCCAGCUGCAAAAUCGAAUAAAGUUACCAGCGGCCAAGUAUUUCGAGGCUUUCGGAAGGAGGUACCCGCUGCCGCUGCGUGCUAAGUGCGCCGGUUCGCACAACUAUAUCCCGCAGCGCGCGCUGGAAUUCUUAGCUGGCUUCUUUGAUGGAGAUGGCUGCGUUACCUGCAGAAUGAAUAGAAGCGGCUGUGAGCUGUCUGUUACUCAAAGCCACUUUGGCGUUGGAGUGCUGCUUCUUUUUCGCAAUUUGCUCGGCGGUGGCGUCUACUUGGAAAAAGCAGCUGUAGGCAUGCAGAAGCCUGCGCUGAGGUGGGCGAUUGCAGGUGAAGGUGGCCGGCACGCAGCACGCCUCUUGAGCAGCACAGGUUGUUGCAAGCGCCACGAGCUCCGAAUUGCAAGCUCAUGGCCUCAAGAUCAUUCCGCGCGGCUGGCGGCCGCUCUUGAGUUAAGGAGGCUGAAGGACUCUCCUCCGACAGCCCGUUGCCCGUCAUGGUCGUAUCUGGCUGGCCUUUUUGAUGCCGAAGGCUGCAUUUCCUUGAGGGCACCACAAUACAUACAUUUGUCGUUGGACCAAAAGUCUCUUGGCGUCCUUCUGGCCGUGAAGACUUUCCUUCACGAGAGCCAAAUUCCCUGCACACUACCCACAUCAAGCAGACGCAAGUGUCAUUCAUUGAGGAUCAAUUCGACUGGCGUUAGCCGCCUUGCGCUUCGCAAGCUGAUCUCUGCAGGAUUGCGCGUCAAGCGCCGAUCCGCCCAGGUCGUUCUGCAGAUGUCGCGCGCGAACUUUCACGAAGUCAGGAGCUCUUUGCAGGGCCUGGUUGGCAAUCAAGGCAUGUACCAGCGGCUGAGCAGGAGCGGAAUUGAACGAGCGCUGGAGAUACGCAGUAUCUGGCGGAGACUUAAAGCCACAGCGGGCGAUCGGCAGCGCGAGCUUCCGAUUCAGAAGCAGCUCGACUCUCUGAAACGGCAGCACGAGUACAAAUGCGCUGAAGAGAAGUGCCUCUUGAUUCGACAAAACGUUAGGUCGCUACUAUUGGCCCGCGAUGCUGCUUGA